AUGUUGCAAGAUGUGCGAUCCUCAACGGCUCGAUUCGGUGGAGUGACCAUCGUUUUGGCAGAUGUGUGUCAAUCUUUCAAAAGCAAAACGCAGGGCAGUAUGACGAACUGACCGGUGCGGCUGUGACCUCAUGGCAGGGAUCCGAAGCAAUGCCAAGUUCCCAUUAUUCCCAAGGCAUCGCCUACAAAAAUAGUCGACGCUUGCAUCAUGCCAAUACUGGUUUCUGGGGGAAAGUCAAGGUGCUGCAUCUCUCUGUAAGUAGGUAGUCCUUGCCUGACUUUUAGACCCUAUACUACAGCCGUACGGUGCGAGCGCAGACAAACAGGCAUGUUGACAGAGGAUUCGACGCAUGCACCUACUUGAAGGUGCCUUCACUUUUGGUGUACUGGUUAAGGCGACCAGGAUGGUUUUACAACAAGGCAUGCGUCUUCUGGCCGCUGCAGAUCGCACGACCGAAACGGAACGGGCACGGGCACAGGGCUUUGCAGAUUGGCUUUUAGGAGUUGGAGACGGCUCGGCGAACAAAACUGAAGACUCUAUCGCGCUCCCACGUGAGCUUCUCCUGCCGGCGACCACUGACUCAGGAACAGGUCCGGGUCAAUCAGCCACUCCCGUCCCCGCGCUCGAGCUGGACAAUAUGUCAAGAGGCGAAAAAGUCGACUGCUUCCGAGAUCGAGCAAUUCUCGCGCCCAAAACUCACCUGAGGUGGAUUAGAUCAACGACAUGGUGCUCUACCUGCUGCCGGGUGACGCUCAAACGAUCUACAGCGGAUUCGGUCGAAAACGAAGACGAAUCACUGCUCUCGAUCGAGUACCUCCAGAGUCUCAACAUCCGGCUGGGAUGGCGUUGCACGCUGCAAAAUUCAAAUUGGGAUGACCCGUCAUGCUCGUCCGAAACUUGGACCCGGCCGCGGGACUGUGCAACGGCACAAGACUGUUGUUAACUCGGUUACACACCCGCGUGCUCGAGGCCAUCAUUCUCACCGGAGAUCAUGCUGGACAGCCCGUGAAGUUGUUGCCGCGCAUCACGCUGAAAACUUGACAGGGUCAUCAGUUAAGCUUCCGUUCACUCUACAUUCUACGCAGUUUCCGAUUCGGCUGGCAAUGUGCGAUCAACAAGGCGCAAGGGCAGUCACUCGCGCGGGUAGGGGUAUACAUGUGUCUGGGAGACGCCCGUUUUUUUCUCACGGGCCAGUCGUACGUCGCGUUGUCCCGAGCAACGAAUGUGGACGGCCGGGUGUCAAAGUUUUGCUUCAUCAGACGGAGAAUGGAGAAGUGGAUAAUGUAGCAGGAAACAUAGUGUUUAGAUGGGUUUUUGAGUUGAUGGAUUGAAGAGUCACAAAGCUCCAUAUUGAAGCUCCGGCAAAUAUCUAGAACAGCCCCAUAAGUAGCCUCUGAGUAGCUAGAACUGUCGAGUUCUAGUUACGACUUGCUUUCAGCCUAGCAGUCAAGGCGACAGAUUGUAAUUUAUGCACAUCAGAGGCGCAUACCUUACAAUAUCAGGUGUGGGACGUCGAGGCUGACUCCUAACCGCUGGGAGCGCUGGAACCGGUGACACCUUGACUAAUUCUUCACUGCGGAAACGCGAAGCGACAGUGGCUGUGUCGUGACUGGCGUGACUGGACGGAUCAUGGAAUCUCGGCCUCGGCGAACGUUACGGGGUGACUGCUUCAAUUAUUAGUCAGGGCUGUAGCUAUGUCCUUAGUGUCGGCAACUGCGCCAAUUCCGCCGUUGGGGGCCCAGCGUGUCACGGCUUGUCGACACUUAGGUACUUAGGCUUCACUCCAAGUCGUUCCGCGACCUUCCGCGACAUUCUAUGAGCCCGGUUCAAAUUGAGCCGCAGGCUUCUCCAUCUUUCUCCCUUCUGCUCUUCACACCUUACCCAUCGCACCUCAUCCCUUCGCCACUCAUCCCAUCGCCACUCAUGAAAGAAGCCCCAGCACAACGAUCUUACAACGUCGCGAUGGGGAACGAACAGCUCUAUCAGUCGAUGACGUCGAUCGACUUGCCGCAAUAUACGCGAAACAACGCAUCACCGUCUCUUCCCUGAAGGCCGACGGCCACGAAAGAGUCAAGUUACCCGAACGUAACUAUGGCCACGCGGUCCUGGCCCACGACACGGCUCAAGUAGUUGUCACAAUGCUUGGGAAGAUCGCGUCGAUUGAUCCCUCAACAGGGAUGCCUCCCGUGUAG